CAUGAUCCCUUUGAUUUGAAUUUCCUGUAAACUUGUCCAAGGUAAACAUGUUGAGGCUCUGGCCCCUUAGUAGGGUCUUGGUGACUAGAACAUCUGGGGCCAUUUUUGCACGUACUAACACAACAGCUCAAGAUAAAGUAGAAGUGUUUGUUGAUGAUAAACAAGUAUUUGUGCCUCCAGGAACUACAGUAUUGCAGGCUUGUGCAGAAGCAGGAGUAGAGAUUCCUCGGUUUUGUUAUCAUGACAGAUUGUCAAUAGCUGGUAACUGCAGAAUGUGUCUGGUAGAAGUAGAAAAGUCAGCUAAGCCUGUUGCCUCAUGUGCUAUGCCUGUGAUGAAAGGAAUGAGAGUCAAAACAGAUUCUCCUGCUACAAGAAAGGCUAGGGAAGGUGUUAUGGAGUUUUUACUAAUGAAUCAUCCACUGGAUUGUCCCAUCUGUGAUCAGGGUGGAGAAUGUGAUCUACAGGAUCAGUCAAUGGCAUUUGGAAGUGACAGAAGUAGAUUUACAGACAUUGAAUUCAGUGGCAAAAGGGCAGUGGAAGACAAGAAUGUUGGUCCAUUAGUUAAAACAAUAAUGACAAGAUGUAUUCACUGUACUAGAUGUAUAAGAUUUGCUAGUGAAGUUGCUGGUGUAGAAGAUUUAGGUACUACAGGGAGAGGCGGAGACAUGCAAGUUGGUACAUAUGUAGAGAAAAUGAUCAAGUCAGAAUUAUCUGGAAAUGUUAUUGAUCUGUGUCCAGUAGGAGCUUUGACAUCAAAGCCAUAUGCUUUUACAGCAAGACCUUGGGAGACUAGGAAAACAGAAAGUAUAGAUGUAAUGGAUGCUUUAGGUAGUAACAUUGUAGUCAGUACAAGAACAAACGAAGUCAUGAGAAUUCUACCUAGAAUGAAUGAGGAUAUCAAUGAAGAAUGGAUUUCAGACAAAACCAGAUUUGCAUAUGAUGGUUUAAAGAGACAAAGACUGACUACGCCUUUUGUCAGAGAUAGUACUGGUGUUCUUAAACAAGCAGACUGGGAAUCAGCUUUUGUAGCAGCUGCUGAAAAGUUAGGAACAACUAAAGGUGAUGAGAUUGCAGCAGUUGUUGGUGGUUUUGUAGAUGCUGAAUCUUUAGUUUGCCUCAAAGAUUUCCUGAACAAGCUGGGAAGUGAAGGACUAUGCACAGAGGAGAUCUUCCCAAUGGAUGGGGCAGGAACUGAUUUAAGAUCUAAUUAUUUGCUGAAUACAACAAUAUCUGGUGUGGAAGAAGCUGAUUUGAUAUUGCUGGUUGGUACAAAUCCCAGAUUUGAAGCUCCAUUGUUUAAUGCUAGAAUGAGAAAAAGCUGGAUUCAUAAUGACUUAGAAGUGGCCAUGGUUGGACCCCAGGUUGACCUUACUUUUGAACAUGAGAAUCUUGGUGACAGUACUCAAGUAUUACAGGAAAUAGCCAGUGGUACACAUCCAUUCAGUAAGAAACUGAACAGUGCAAAGAACCCAAUGGUAGUUGUUGGCAGCUCUAUACUACAGAGAGAGGACGGCAGUGCCAUUCACAGUGCUAUUGUAGAAGUUGCACAGAAUGCACGUAACAACAGUGGGUGUGCUGAUGGCUGGAAAGUCUUAAAUGUAUUACAUAGGGUUGCCAGUCAGGUAGCAGCAUUAGAUAUAGGAUACAAGGCAGGUGUAGAUUUUAUUAAACAGAAUCAUCCAAAAGUCUUGUACUUGCUAGGAGCUGACAAUGGAGCCAUAACCAGAGACGAUAUACCAAAAGACUGUUUUGUUAUAUACCAAGGUCACCAUGGAGACAAGGGAGCUGCUAUGGCUGAUGUUAUACUUCCUGGUGCAGCAUAUACAGAAAAAGAAGGAACAUAUGUUAAUACUGAGGGCAGAGCACAAGAAGCACGACUUGCUGUUUCACCUCCAGGUCUAGCAAGGUCAGACUGGAAAAUCAUUAGAGCUUUAUCAGAGGUUAUUGGAGUAACACUUCCUUAUGAUAAAUUAGAAGAAAUUAGAUCGAGACUAACAGAGGUCUCACCCAAUUUAACACAAUAUGAAAAGGUUGAAGAGGCUAAUUAUUUCAACCAAGCACAACAACUUGCAAAUUUGUUGAAGGCAUCUCUAGAUUCCAAACCUUUAACAGUGAAUCAAGUACUAUUAAAAGAUUUUUAUAUGACGGACUCAAUAAGUCGUGCAUCACAAACAAUGGCCAAAUGUGUACAGGCUGCAACAGAAGCAGAAACAGCUAAAUACUGAAAUCUCGAAACAAUAGAAAAAAAAUUCACAGCAUUUCUAAGAAUAGAAUUCUGUUAGGUCUGUUUAAAUUCAUUGUUAUUAAACAACAGUGUGUUAACAUCAUUGGUCUCUCCUUGCUGUUAUCUUUGGUCCAUCAUGAACUCGGCUUAUUUACAGGGAUAUUUUCUAAACCUUAUUGUCUGUUUUUCAUUUACCUUGUGUGUGUACUCUUUAAGAUUUAUUUUUAUUAAUCUUCUAAAUUCUCUCAUAAUCUAUUAAAUAAAUAUUUGAAUUUUUCGAUGAAAUUUGAAGCAAGUAAUUUUUAUUUCUAACAAAAUUAGUGGGCCUUAAAAGGAUCAACAUAAUUGUAGAAAAUGUCAGUAGUGAGCAAGUUUAAAUCUGAACAAAAUCAUUCCCUGUGUAAAGGCAUUUGUACUAUAGGGUGUUCCAAAUUUCUGGUUUUUUUUUUGGUGUGGUAGUUUUAUACUGCAAUCAACUUUUCUUAAUGUUCAUAUAAAUUUGUAUGAGUGAAUGUUUGCUUUAUACAAAUGUGCAUCGUCUAUCUUUUAUACCUGUAGUUAUCUUAGGACAAAUUAAUAGUUUACUGGUGUUCACACCUAGAAUUAACUCUGGUGACCUCAUUCUCAAUGAAAUAUGAACACCCCAUAUAGUGUCCAGAUAAUUAAAUUAUAAAUAAAAAUACAUUUAUACAGUAUGCACUGAUUUAAAAGCAAAACUUGGUGUAGACUUGAUCUACUUUUUUAAAUGAAUUUUUACUGAGAGUAUUUAUCAUAUUCAUUAUUGGAAAUUCAGAAAUACUAGCUAUAGAGCUUCUGUGUGAUCAACUAGUGCUGUGGAAAAAAACUUUGUUAUUUUAAAAAAAAUACAAGCAAUUCAGUAUAUUGUUUUGUUUAUAAUUUAGUUGGUGACGAACUAAACUUGAAGAUAGUUCUGGUCUUCAUGCAUGCAUUUGUAGUCCAAUAAUGCUAUAUUAAAUGUUUCAAAGGUCAAUGGCACAAUAUUUGUUGGCUGGGAAGUGCUUAUUAUUGGUCAAAUCAGUAACAGUAUUAAAAAAAAUAUUUGAAUGUUAUUUAUAAAAGUGAUAGGAAUAUUUUCCUUAAAAUUGAUGUCUAGAGACUGUUAAGCACAAUCAUUUUCAUAGCUUAUUUGUAUAUCAAACUAUUUUAAAAGUGUAAACUCUGAUAUAAAAAAAAGUCAAAUGAAAAUAGCAUUAAUCAUCUGGUUACACUAUAUCUGUUUAGUGACACUUGGAAAAUUUAUACCGACUUAUAACUGAAGCAGUAUAGCUAAAUAACUAGACCAUGAAUGAACAUAGUACUUUCCAGUCAACAAGAUCUUUUAGUAUUUUGGGCCAAUUAAAUGGUAAGCAUAUUGUUAAUGAAAUACUGUGUAUUAAUAUUUAUUUACAUGCAGUUUGCACAGUUUGUUAAUAAAAUAUGAAACAUUGAGAA